AUGCCUCCAGCCAGCCUGCGAACCAGAAAUGGCUGCUUAUCAUGUCGAAAGCGCCGCAAGAAGUGUGACGAGUCUCGUCCACGUUGCACCGCAUGCACUCGAAACUCGCUGGAAUGCAAGUGGCCCUCUGAGGGUAAUCAGCUCCCAGAUGGCAGAUCCCGGCAAUACAAAAGGACUAAGGCUAUGGUGCGCACAGUAGCGCUACCAGGAGUGUCGCAAAUACAACUCCCUCCGCCCAUCAUGAUGCCGGCGCCUUUUUCAUCAUCGGAGUCCACCUACCUAUAUCGAUAUUUUGCCUCCACGAUCUUACCGCGUUUUGUUCGACGCAACUCUUUAGACAAGACACACAUGCUCCGCCUCGCGUUCCAAUUCUCUCCUCUCUUUGGGGCAAUGGUGGCUGUGGCCGGAAUGCAGCUGCCAACCAAAGACCGGUGGCCUGCCCAUCUUGCCCUGCAGAGCUAUCUGCAUGCAAUUCAUGCCAUUCAAAUGUCACUGACUGAUAUUACCAAAGCUGCCUGUGAUGAUCGGAUCCUCGCAACUGUGUCUCUGCUCGCCUGUUUCGAGGCAUGUGCCAGAUCCCUUAAAUUCUCUUCCCGAUCAGAUGCGACACCCACUGUGGCGCCGCAUGUCACGGCUGCGGGCCUCCUACUUACCAAACGCCGACCCUGCGAGUUUCGCACUAAGGCUGCGGCCACGUUUGAUCGCAUAUGUGUCGAGUCAUUUUUAUACCAAGCAUGCCUCAUGAUGAUCUUUGACCCGUCACUUGAUGCGCUCCCGGAUGAUAGAGAGCAGCUGGAGCUCCCACUUUAUUUUGAUCGACCCACAAGGUCAGACUCUACGCCAGGAGAGACUGUUCUGCAGGCGUCUUACAAGUUCUUUUUACUCAUUGCGGAUGUUACGAAACUAUCUCGGCUAUCAAGACCGCUUGAUAGCGCUGAAGUUGCCAAGUGGCGAAGUCUAAGUUGGGAGUUGUCGCACUGGAGUCACCUCAUCUGUUCCGCAGAUAUGUCUCUCGCGUUAUGCUACCUAGCACUUCAAAUCUUACUCCAAAAGGUGAAUCCGAACAUCACCUCCGGUGAACGGGUCCGGCGAGUGCACUCGUGUCUCGCAGGGGGUUUACAGCGGGUACCUGCGUUGGAAAUAGAUAUUUACCCGCCCGUAUAUCUACUCUGGCCCGUGGCUAUCCUCAGCUCUGUUGCCGUAAGGCUCGAGGAGAGGGAAGUCUUCCGGGGUGUUGUCGCCUCAAUAUCUGCUGCAAAGCUAGGUGGACAUGCAGCGUGGGUACAGACGAGGUUAGACAGGGUUUGGACAACUAUCGGUUCUGCACCUGAAGACCCAGAAGCCAGUCUUGUUGGUCUCCAGCUUCUGCUUGAUCAGGGGUGAUUCCGAUCAUGGGCAGAGAUUAAUAAUGCG